AUGGCUUUCAAAAUUUUGCUUUUACUUUGUUGCUUAAUAGUUGUAUACAGCAGUCCAGUUAAAAAACGAGACGAUACCGAUCCUAAAGUCUGGUUUUGCCAAAAUUCCUUUUUACGAGCAACAGUUGAACAGGCUCUAGCAAAUGAUGGGAUAAGAAAUAAUGUCGAUGAGCUACAACAGUAUUUGGAAGAAAUUUUGAGUCCUUAUUUUCAAGAACAUGUCGGUAAAUGGCUAAUAAGUGUUUCUAAUUUUCAUCGGGUGAACGGAUAUGCUGGAGAUACGGUUUCUAUUUUACCCACAUUCUGUGCAAUUAAUGAUGCUUCUCUUAAUAUGCACAUAAUUAUUGUGAAAAUUGAAUAA